AUGGCUACUUGUCAGCAAGGCUGCACACCAGCCGUGCGACUUUGUCAGAGGCUGAAUCGACUUAAGACCCUCGAAGACGACAUGAUGUCCACGUCGUUAAAACGCUGCCUCUCCACCCUGGACCUGACUCUCUUGGGUGUCGGUGGCAUGGUGGGCUCUGGCCUAUAUGUCCUAACAGGCACCUUGGCCAAAGACAUUGUUGGACCUGCUGUUAUUGUGUCCUUCAUUUUUGCAGGUUUUGCCUCUCUGUUAGCUGCUUUUUGCUACGCAGAGUUUGGAGCACGUAUUCCCAAAACAGGAUCAGCCUAUAUGUUUACCUAUGUCUCUGUGGGAGAGAUAUGGGCCUUUCUGAUAGGUUGGAAUGUGAUUCUGGAGAAUAUGAUUGGGGGUGCUGCUGUGGCGCGGGCAUGGAGUGGCUAUUUGGACUCCAUUUUCAACCACGCCAUCCAGAACUUUACAGAAACCCACGUUAUGCGGUGGGACAUUCCCUUCCUUGCCCAUUACCCUGAUUUACUUGCAGCAGGGAUUCUAUUGGUUGCCUCUCUUUUUAUUUCCUUCGGGGUUCAAGUGUCCUCCUACCUUAAUCAUAUUUUUUCCACCAUCAGUAUGUGUGUUAUUGUUUUUAUCCUCGUCUUUGGAUUUGUACUAGCAGAACCGGCAAACUGGAGCCAGAAGGAAGGAGGUUUUGCACCUUUUGGUUGGUCCGGCAUCUUAGCAGGCUCAGCAACAUGCUUCUACGCAUUUGUAGGUUUUGAUGUCAUCGCCUCGUCAAGUGAGGAGGCCAAGAAUCCACAGAAGGCUGUUCCCAUAGCCACAGCGAUAUCCCUUGGACUGGCAGCAGCAGCUUACAUCCUGGUGUCCACUGUGCUUACGUUAAUGGUUCCCUGGCAUACGCUGGACCCCAACUCAGCUUUGUCAGAUGCUUUUUUCCGUCGAGGCUACAGUUGGGCUGGAGUCAUUGUGGCAGUGGGUUCAAUCUGUGCCAUGAACACCGUGCUGCUCUGCAAUCUCUUCUCCCUCCCUCGCAUUGUGUACGCCAUGGCAGAAGAUGGGUUGUUCUUUAAAAUCUUUGCACGUGUCAAUCCUACCACCAAAGUCCCUGUCAAUGCUAUUCUGGUUUUUGGAUUUCUUAUGGCCACCAUGUCUCUGAUCUUUGAUCUGGAGGCUUUGGUUCAGUUCUUGUCAAUUGGAACCCUACUAGCCUACACAUUUGUAGCAGCCAGCGUCAUCGUUCUUCGCUUCCAGCCAGAGAGAAAACACUCCAAAGGGACUUCUUCCACAUCUCCCAAUCCAAAUGCAGAGCCGUCCCCUGCCCCGUCAGAAUGUCAGAACAUAUCAGAAGACGGUGAAGAGUUGAAACAAUACGAGUCUUUUUCCGAUAAGAUUCAGUUGGUGGAAAGGCAAAAGACAAAGGAGUGCAGAGGAGUGGGGCAGCUAAAGGCCUGUUGGGAACCAUACCUAGGUCGGCUAAUGGGAAACUGCAGGCCUGGGGAGGUGGUAGCCCUUUGUGUGCUGGGUCUGAUAGUCAGCUCAGUUUCUUUUUGUGCCGUUCUUGUAUUUGGUCUCAUGCAGCUGCAGCUCCCAAGAUGGAGCUAUACCAGCCUGUUGGUGAUUUUUAGUCUCGCUUAUGUUAUCUGCUUGGCACUCAUAUGGGCUCAUGAGCCACAGACUAACACCAAAACAUUCCAGGUGCCUCUUGUUCCACUUGUCCCAGGCGCUAGUAUUCUGUUUAAUGUAUUCCUUAUGCUGAAGCUCAGUUAUUUAACCUGGAUAAGGUUCACGAUCUGGAUUGCUGUAGGUCUCUUAGUAUAUUUUGGCUAUGGAAUCUGGCACAGUAAAGAGGGCAUGAGAGAGCUGCAACCCAAAGAUAUGGCUGCCCGAUAUGUUGUGCUCCCCAGCGGCAGUCUGGUAGAAACCGUGGAGUCUGUCCAGCCCGAGCAAGCGGAUGCCUCGGCGCAACAUGUUAACCCUGCCAUGACAACUGAGGAGUUUCCUGGAAAAAGAUGA